GACUGGGUGGAGUUCGAGGAGAUCGCGGAUCUGGAGGAGCGAGCAAAGAGCACCUUCUUCGAGAAAGUGAACGAGGAGGAGGUGCAGAAGAGUCAAGCCGCCGCCAAGGAGAAGGAGUUCCAGAGCGUGAAGGCCACCAAGGACGCCGUGAGGGAGCUGUGUGAGAUCUGCCAGGAGCCGUUUGAGACGUACUGGGUGGAGGAGGAGGAGGACUGGUUCCUGAAGGACGCCGUCAGGGUCGACGACAAGAACUUCCACCCCGCCUGUUUUGAAGAUUAUAAAAACACGUCGUCGUACGUGGACGUGACGCCGUCGCCCAGCAAGCUGCUGACGGAGCACCCGCUGACCGCCUUCAUUAAGACAGAAGAAGACGAAGAAGAGCAAGGGGGCAGGACUUCCUGUGCGUUCGCCAAAGUGAAACAGGAAGUGGCCGAGCCCAUGGCGUGUUCACUUCCUGUGGUGAAGAGCGAGGAGGCGGAGGUUUUAACGGCGGCGUGUCCGAGUGAGGAGGGUCCGAGCGAGGAGGGCCGAAACGAGGCCGUUCUGAGCGAGGGCCGAAACGAGGCCGUUCUGAGCGAGGGCCGAAAAGAGGCCGUUCUGAGCGAGGACGCGGGCCGAAACGAGGACGUUCUGAGCGAGGACGCGGGCCGAAACGAGGACGUUCUGAGCGAGGACGUUCUGAGCGAGGACGCGGGCCGAAACGAGGACGUUCUGAGCGAGGACGCGGGCCGAAACGAGGACGUUCUGAGCGAGGACGCGGGCCGGAGCGAGGACGCGGGCCGGAGCAAGGCCGAGUGACGCUGCUUUUCUGAUUUUAAGGAAAAGUGCUUUUACAUAAACUUGAAUACGUUUUGGUAUUUUGGAUCCUCCCGUUGUUUCUGUGAACUCAAGAAGUCUGUUUGUGGCUCAGAUGUACAUGAUUUAAUUUAUAAAUUAAAGUAUUUUUUGGUACCUCUGGUGUGACAGUGAUUGUGAUUUACCGUUGAUUUAACGUCGGGGAACUUCCUGUCAGGUAAGCAUCGCCGAGGAGCCACUUCCUGUUUCCUUUUCCUUCAAUCAAGAGUGUAUGACGCCAAGGUUUUCAAAAUAAAGGUUGAGUUCAUUUACAGUU